AUCAGUUGAAAUCGAAUUCGUUGGGUAUUUAAGAAGAGUGCGUAGGAAGUUAACACGCAUUCAGCAGUCAGAGAAGGAAUAGUCAACUCGUUAUUAAAAUAUGACAACAAAUUCAGUAAUUGAUAAGAACUCGGAAGGAGAUUACGACCUGGAUGAGGAAAUCGACAGCCAUUUGAGGAGAUUGUUCUAUAUAAAACCAAAAGCUGCAACACCCAAACUCAAUCCCUACAUAGUGGAAUUCUUUGGAGUUCUUAGCUUAACAGAUCUCCGUGCCCCACAAAGAAAGCUAUGGGUCAUAUAUCACGCCAAGCAGCCGGAUCUGGACAAGACCGUAGAUGCGAUCCACGAGAAGUACGGCAAGAAGAAUAUGUUUGAUCUGUACCGCACCCCAGUUUUCAGUGGAGUUGCUCUGCGGGAGAGUGUGAGGAAGCACUUCUCGAACCUCAAGUGGUUUACGACGGGAAAUCUCCUGGAAGCCCCACCUAAAAGCCACUUCAACGACGAGAAAGUGGUGAAAACCAUCACGGAUCUACAUCAUCUGGAACAGCAGAGACUAUAUAAUUAUGUGAUGGUGAAGAAUAUGUGGUAUAUGCGGUACCGCUAACCGAACCUGUGAUAGUUCUAUGUAAAAGGAAAAAUCACAAAAUUCAUUUAACAUAAUGGUUUGCUACCCAAUCAAAUAGUAUUGUUUGAUUGAAGUAAAACUUUUUUUAAAUCCCUAUACUUUGUUGAAUAAAGUACAUAAUAAGUAU